AUGCAUCGCGGCGCCAACAUCCUGGCUUCGUCGGCCACAGGGCUGAUGCUGCUGCUGCUGCUGGCGGUCGCUCCCCCGCCGGCCUCGGCAGGCCUGUAUCCCGGCAUCACCGCCGACAACCACACCUGCGCUCUCGUCGACCCCGUCCUGUCGUGCUCCUGCAAGGCCACGCCCGGCAAGGUCGCCGACACGUGCUGCACGGAAACGUACGGCGGGCUGCUGGUUGCCACGCAAAUCUGGAACACCUUUACCGGCCUCGAGAGCAAGGGCCAGAUUUAUCCCAAGGACCAUUGGACCAUUCACGGCCUCUGGCCCGAUUUCUGCAACGGCUCCUACACUCAGUACUGCGACCUGAGCCGCCAAUAUGACCCCAAGCCCGCGCCCAACACCACCGACGGCACCCCCCACGGCGUCCCCGUCCCGCCCUACGCCGGCGAGCCCAUCGACGCUUGGUUCGCGCCACACGGCAAGCUCGACCUCCUCGCGUACAUGAACCGCUACUGGGUCAGCCAGUACGACCCCAACUGGGUCUUUUGGGCCCACGAGUUCUCCAAGCACGCCACCUGCUAUUCCACCUUUCAGACCGAGUGCUACGGCCCCAAGGCGACCCCCCACGGAGACCUCUUCGACUUCUUCGAGACCGUCAUCCGCUUCCAGCGCGAGCUCCCCACCUUUGACUGGCUCGCCGCCGCCGGCGUCCGCCCCUCCAACCGCACGGCCUACACCCUGUCCCGCAUCCAGGGCGCCCUGACGCGCGGGUUCGACGGCCUCGUCCCCUUCCUCGGCUGCUCCGGCCCCCGAUACAACGAGACCGACGCCGGCAGGGGCUCCGGCGACGCCGGCCGCACCGUCCUCGGCGAGGUGUGGUACUACUACCACGUCUACGGCCGCCCUCAGGAGGCGCACGCCAAGAAGCUGGCCGCGGAUGCCGCCGGCGGCAGCCUGUCGACCUGCGCCAAGGCCAAGGACGCCGUCUGGUACUAUGAGCGGUCCCAGGGCAGCGAGCACUAGACGAGGCGGCGCGUGCCCAGACAAACGAGGAAAAGCGGCCAAACGACAGUCGCAUCUAGACCUGUAGAUGAACACUUCACUCAUUCUGCUACCGUGACA